CCGGUAUUUUGCAGGGUCAAACGACGCCAAUGUUUCUGUGAGGACAAUUUGAUAAAAGGCUAAAACACAAAUUAAAUAUUAACAUAUUUGUGUCCGAUAUAUAUACUGGCCGGUGUUUAUACACAUUCUGAGUGAUCAUAACGUCAUGGAAAUCCCCAAUCCGCCUGAAGAUCAGGAACUGAGGAAUGUGAUUGACAAACUUGCACAGUUUGUUGCACGAAAUGGUCCGGAGUUUGAAAAGAUGACGAUGGAGAAACAGAAGGACAACCCCAAGUUUUCCUUUCUUUUUGGUGGAGAUUACUUCAGCUACUACAAGUGCAGACUUGCAAUGGAGCAACAACAACAUAUAUUCAUCCCCACUGCCAAAGAUGUGGCGGACCUCCCUCCUUUGUCAAUUCAGAUGAUUGCUCCACCUACAGUUCCUCCACCAGCUGCACCCCCUGUCGAUGAGCUCAUCCAACAGAGCCAGUGGAAUAUGCAGCAGCAGGAGCAACACCUGCACACACUAAGACAGGAACAAGUAACCGCUGCCAUCGCCUUGGCUAUGGAGCAACAGACCCAGAAGCUUCUGCUUGAAACCCAGUUGGACAUCACAGAGUUCGACAACCUGCUGCAGCCAAUCAUAGACACCUGCACCAAAGAUGCCAUCUCGGCUGGUAAGAAUUGGAUGUUCACCAAUGCCAAGACUCUGCAGCACUGUGAGCUGAUGGCGUCGCAUCUUCGGAACCGCAUCACUGUUGACGACGCUCAUUUUGAACUCCGCCUUCACCUCAUUUACUUAACCAAUGAUGUUCUUCACCACUGCCAGCGGAAGCAGCAGAAGGAUUUAUUGACAGCUCUGCAGAAGGUCGUUGUUCCCAUCUACUGUACCAGCUUUCUUGCAGUAGAAGAAGAAAAGCAGCAGAAGAUUACCCGGUUGUUGCAGCUAUGGGAGAAGAACGGCUACUUUGAUGAGGAGACCAUUCAGCAGCUCCAGAAUCCAGCGUUGGGCCUUGGACAGUACCAGGCCUCCCUGAUAACGGAGUAUGCUGCCGUGGUGCAGCCGAUCCAGCUGGCCUUCCAGCAGCAGAUUCAGACUCUGAAGUCUCAGCAUGAUGAGUUUGUUGUUAGCCUGAAGCAGCAGUCACAACCUGCCCCUGUGGGCCAGAGCCCUGCUGAAUCCGAAACGGUUGCGCCUAUGACCACACCAGCUGGAGAUGUGAACUCCCCCCUGACCGGUCCUCCCCCUGCGGACUUUGAGGGCUCUGCAGCCAGAUCGCAGGAUUCAAAGAACUCCAGUGGACCCUCAGAUGCGCCUUCCAACAAGCCUGCAUGGUUUGAUCCCCAGCAUGUUGGAGCAUGGAACCCCAGCCAGCCGCCUCCCUUUGACCCGAACCAGCCUCCCCCUCCUUGCCCACCGUGGAACAGCCAUGAGGGCAUGUGGAAUGAGCAGAGAGACCCAGGAAACUGGAGCGGAGGUCCUCCAAGAGAAGGAGGACCUUGGAGUGGGCCAAGUGGGAGUGACCCUGGUCCUCCAUCGUGGAAUUCAUAUGACCAACAGCCACCAUGGGGAAACCAGCCAGACCAGGGUCCCUGGAGCCAUAGAGAACCGCCGUUUCCUCCGCGCAUGCAGAGACCUCCCCAUUUCAGAGGACCUUUCCCUCCCCGCCAGCAGCCACCUCCUUACAACCAGCCUCCCCCACCCCCACACAAUUUUGGACGUUUCCCCCCACGCUUUAUGCAGGACGACUUUCCUCCCAGACACCACUAUGACAGACCGCCGUACACCCCCCACCAUUUUGACUACCCUCAAGGGGAAUUCCCAGGAGACAUGCCAGGCCCUCCUCCUCCUCAUCACCACUCCAGUCAGAGGCUCCCCCCCCCAGGUAUGGGAGCUGAUCAUCUUCCAUGGGGCGGUGGUGGGGGUGGAGGUGGAGGUGGGGGUGGAGGUCAGCGCCCAGAAUUCGGUCCACCUCCACAUGGUUUCAACGGCCACUCCCCUCACGUGCGUCACCGGCAGCAGGCGGUUCAAGACGACCCAAGUCUGGUUCCUAAUGUGCCCUACUUUGAUCUGCCAGCAGGCCUCAUGGCGCCAUUGGUCAAACUGGAGGACUGUGAUUAUAAACCUCUAGAUCCCAAGGACAUCAGGCUGCCACCUCCCAUGCCUCCCAGCGAUCGACUGCUGGCUGCUGUGGAGGCUUUUUACAGCCCCCCCUCUCACGACCGACCCAGAAACAGUGAAGGUUGGGAACAGAAUGGUCUGUACGAGUUCUUCAGGGCCAAGAUGAGGGCCAGAAGGAAAAAGGAGCAAGAGAAACGGAACAGUGCUCGUGGGGGCAGUCGCUCGAGGAGUCGCUCUCGUAGCCGAGGCAGAUCAUCAUCUUGCUCCAGCUCUAACUCCUCGAAGUCCUCCAGGUCCAGGUCCCGCUCAUCCCACUCCCGUAGUCGCUCCCGCUCCUACUCAAGAUCCAGGUCGAGAAGUCGAUCCCGGUCAUCUCACAGUCAGUCUGGGUCCAGAUCCAGAUCCCGCUCACGUUCGCCCACAAAGCGACGCCAUGGCCCCAAAUCUCGGAGUCCUUCUCCCUCAUCCGCCGCAGUGAUGGGGGCUUCCUCCUCCAAAGGGUCUGCAGACAGCCGGUUAGGAGAGGAGAACAAGGGCCACCAGCUCCUCAUGAAAAUGGGUUGGAGUGGCUCUGGGGGCUUGGGGGCCAAGGAACAGGGCAUCCAGGACCCUAUAAAAGGAGGAGACAUCAGGGAUAAAUGGGACCAGUACAAAGGUGUCGGAGUCUCACUUGAUGAUCCUUACGAGAAUUAUCGCAGGAAUAAGAGCUACAACUUUGUUGCCCGUAUGAAGGCAAGAGAGGAAGUCAACCGAGAACCUCAGGAAGCCCCUUCAACUGACUGAGGUCAUCAGAUGUCUUAUCUCAUCUUCUCAGUCUACCAUUCAACAAAGAUCUGAAGUCAGCGGUUUUCCAUCCAGGAUCAGCGCUCCAGUUGUUCCUGUUUCUGAAAACCAGUUUGUUUGUUCCAUCUGAUUUGAGCCAGUGAAAUGACUGGCCCUUUCCAGUGAAGGUGGCAUAUAGAAUAAUCAGCAAGAGCCUAAUAGUGAACUUUUUCCAUUACUAUUUAAUACACACAGAAACCAGACUAACAAAAUGGAGUAUAGGCCUCAAAUGCUUCUUUCUCCUAGUUUUAGUUCAGUGUUUUAACUAAAGACUCGGACAUUAACUCAACGUUUAAUAUUGGCGUAAAGACAAAAGAUCACGGCUUCUAUUAAGUUCAUUGUAUAUAUUUUCAUUUCUGAAUGUGACUAAAUAUAUCUUAGUCAGACAAACAUAUUUUCACUUAUUUUUCAAAAACACUUAUUUUGUUUUUAAAUUCUCUGUAACGUUUCUCAUCUUUAAACGGGAGCCAGAGGGAAGCUUUAGGAGGAACUUUUGGGUCUCUUUGAGUGUUUAUCAAACACGAUACUCCUUCAUGUGAUUACAUUGUUUGAAAUACGUUUGUCAUUUUGAUUGUAGUAAUACAGAAGUAGUUAAACUGAUGUGAGUGUUUUUCUCCACAAACAGUGCAGAAAAAUAAACAUCUGGUUUUAAAAUA